CCUCACCAUUGGCUGUUGCCUGGCAACAGUGCUAACUAACAUUAACCAACUGCACGGAGGAAGAAGUUCGAGUCAACCUGGAGAAAGUUUUGUUCACAAAAAUGCCGAAAUAUCCCGAGGAGCUGAGAAACGUGAGUGUGCCGCCUCCAGGCCGCUGGGUGUGGAGGGAGGAGACUCGGACACUGGAGUUGAUCAGUUCUGGUCCAACAGAGGAGGGCGUUUUGAGGAAAAGGAGGCAAAUCAAUGUCAAUUUCAGCGAUCUUCAGCAGCGAUCAGAAUGGUUGGCUGAGAUCUCCACGUCGAACCAUAGAGGGCGCCAAAGCAUCAGAAAGAGCCUGAGCCCUGCUCAUCUGCAUGCUUACAGGUCCUUCGUAUUGAAGAAUCAAGGGGGCCGCAUCACCACUGAUGAUGUUAAACAGGUGGCUGUCAGUUUGCUGCAGGAGAAUUACUCGCUUCCUAUUCCUUUCUGCUUCUUGGCUGUAUUGAAGAGUAAAGAGCUUGAUGAAGUCCUGGCUGCCCUUCUCCUUUACCUGUCUUUUUUCUUUGAACACAAUUCUCUGGAGAAAUCAUCUAAGUCUUUCAUGACUGUAGACCUCUUCACCGAGCACAAGAUGAAGGCAGAGACUUUGGCCAAAAAGGAGAUAGUACAAAAGAAGCUGGCUGUCCGCUACUUCAACCUAAUCAUGGACCUGGACACACCAUCAUAUCACAAGGGCUGGAUGUCGUCAAACAGCACACGAUGGCUGCUGCAUGCGUGCUUGUACAGCUUCUUCUGUUUUGUGGCCUGGGUGACGUUUGGCAGGAAGGACCUGAGGGACAUCCAAGAGGAGGUGGGGCGUCUUUUGUACUCUGACACCUUCAACACGGCAAUGAGGAAUAGGACUGAGAGAGACUCAGGAAUGGCCUUCGCCAGCGUUAAUGGUUCAGUGAAGACGGGAGAAGCUGACCCCAAGGAGACGGGAUGUAGUGGCGCAUUCAAGCACAGAACGUCCCAGAGGCGUCCAGCUCUCAGCAGCAUAGUUAAUCAGCGAUCCCCACUGAUGGUAUGUCUGCUGCCCUCGCCCAAAGAACGGUCACCCCAUCUGUUCCUCGGCAGCCGGGCCGGGAGGCAGAGCCCGCCGUUGGCCAAGCACUGUGACACCAAGGCCCUGGCGGAGGAGCUCAACCAGCAGCUGGCCAAUGUCAGCGUUGGGAUUCUUGGCAAGUCGUAUAGACAUUUCAUCCGCAGUACCCUGAUACCCUACAGAGAACAGAUAAACAACAGAGAUGAGGACGACGACCUUGAACCAGAGAGUGAUGGUAAUAACGACAGCGAGGAUCCUCCUGGCGUCCACGUUCAACAAGGUAGCAGGUCGUCCUUCACGGGACCCAAGUCCAGAGGCCUCGCCAGAUACGGCAGCACCACCCACGCAAACACUGGAAACUCUGCAGCUACCGUUGAGGAAGUGACCUCAGAUAACUGAAUGAUGUGUAUGUGUGAAAGUGGCAGAAUGUUUUGAGUGUGCAUUUUCAUUGGCAUAACGCAGACAUUGCAUGCGCACAGUGGUCUUCCAAAUGCAUUCCUCAGCACAGCCCACAGGGUCAACAACAGAGAGAAAGACUCAGGCAGGAGCUCCAGUUUUUUUUUCUGUUUUGCUCAUGUGUGGCUCAUUUUCAGAAAGCACCUCCCUGGACUAUCUCACACACAUACACACACACACACCGUAUUUGUUGGGAUUUGCUUAUGAAUUUAAAUCAGUUUCUUAUUUCUCAGCUGUUGGUACUGCUGAAUAAAAUAUAAUGAAAUCCAUAA